UUCUUCUACCUCUAUGGUUUAUUCUCCUGUCGAUGCUUAUCGAAGGGAAAGUUGUAAAUAUAAGAUAACUAUAAAAAGUCAUAUUAAAGUACGACUUUUUAUAGCAGGACAAUUGUUGUUUAAAUUACCAGUAGAUUAUCGUACAAGAUAUGUGACUAAAUUUAAAAAACAUUAUUUAAAAAUCUUAAAGUAAAAUUUCAAAAUCGUCUCGUGAUGUUUUGGACUUUUAAAUGAAUUGUGUUAUUGUUAUUAAAUAUUCUAUAACCAGAAUAUCAACAGAUAUUAAAUAUUUGUAAAUUAAUGAAAAAAUGGAAAAAAAUCAUAGUUUUAACGUCGAUGAGGAUGAGGAGCCGGGAGAAUCAGAAAAUAUAAUAAUAAAUGAAGUUGAUGGAUUGCCUAAUAUGCAUCCAGACUUCGAUCAACGUGAAUACGAUUUUGAGGAGAAAGAAGAUUGCAGUGAUGUAAACGCAAGAACUUUCGAUGAAUUGGUUCACGAUGAAGACCUACCAAUGUCUGUUAUUGUCACCAAUGUAGACCCUCGUGUUUACAAAUGUGACGAAUUAAAGGUGACUAUUGAAACACUAUUCAAAGAAUUUGGUGAAGUCGCAACAUUUCAGUAUUUUAAAUCGUUUAGAAGAAUGAGAGUUAAUUUCACUUCUUCAAGUUCGGCUGCACAUGCCAGAAUAAAAUUGCAUCAAUCGCGAUUCGGCGAUACAGAUAUUAAUUGCUAUUUUGCACAACCUGUAACGCCUAUAGACAUGGAAGAUCAAUACCUACAGCUUCCAGCAUUAACUAAGCAACAUCUUAUAUCACCUCCAGCUUCACCGCCUGUUGGUUGGGAACCUAGACCUGAAGGCGAACCUCUUGUCAACCACGAUUUAAUAGCAGCUAUUGCAAAUCUAACUCCUGGUGCUGCUCAUGAAUUGCAUCGUGGAGGAUCCGGCCAACCUGGUAUUGUGGUACAUGUUUGUGAGACAUCGAAUUCUUUAAAAAAUACAACUCACAUACAACCAACGCAUCGUCCAGAAUAUUAAUUGUUUUUCUUUUUUCAUUUUAUUAUUUUUAUUUAUUAUUCUGCGCAAAAAUAGUGUUUGGAAAA